GGACGCUAAGUCACCCACCACCUCCCUACCAAAGGAAACGCCAAAAUAACUCCAUCGGGAAACGCUAGCAUUCCUUGUCAACACCAUACAAGACAACAAUAUUAUUAAUGUGUACCAUUGCUGCAAAUUCAUUACUUCAUAACCCCCUUUUCUGAAAUAACUUUAAUUUAUGAAGAGGCCCUCGUUUGUCUUGAAAUAGUGUACCAGUUCGUGUAUUAAUAGUUGAAGAAUCGAGAGUGAGUCAGUCAUCAAAGAGAAGCAAGAACUAGCUAGGAGAAGAAGAACCUUUCAUUCCCUAAGAUUCCAUUUCUCAUUUUCAUUUGGUUGAGCCGGCCUUUUGUUUUAUCCUUUACUACAAGUCUCAAAACGUGCAUCAUCUUUGCUUGACUAAUUGAUAGCAAUAUUUGUUGAUGCAUUUUUUUGUUUUAUAAGUUAGUUUGCUUUGCUAUCCACAUCAGCUAGCAACUCUCCCCCCUCUCUCUUUAAAUCCUUGUUUCAACUCAUAGUUAAUUCUUUAUCUUCGUAGAACCGUAAUCAUACCAAUGGCCGUUGAUUGUAUGAUCUCCAGCAAACCUUCGAUCACCACCGAAAUGUCUAAAGAGGAAUGCCGGCCCGAUCAGCCACUGGUUUUCGACGCCGCCGUGUUACAACACCAAACCAAGAUACCGGCGCAAUUUAUCUGGCCGGACCACGAGAAACCAUGCCCCAAUCCAAAGGAGCUUCCGGUGCCGGUGGUCGAUUUGGGAGGGUUCCUAUCAGGGAACCCGAAGGCGGCAGCGGAAGCUUCCAGGGUGGUCGGGGAAGCGUGCCGGAAACACGGGUUCUUCAUCGUGGUGAAUCAUGGGGUGGAUGCGGGCCUGAUUUCGGAUGCCCAUCGAAACAUGGACCAUUUUUUCCAGCAGCCACUCCACCAGAAGCAAAAAGCCCAGCGCAAAGUGGGAGAGCAUUGUGGAUACGCCAGCAGUUUCACUGGCCGUUUCUCUUCCAAACUCCCAUGGAAAGAGACACUUUCUUUUCAGUUCUCCGGCGACCCAAACUCAUCCCACAUCGUCGAAGACUAUUUUCACAACAAAUUGGGAGAUGAUUUCGUCCAACUCGGGAAAGUAUACCAAGAAUACUGCAAUGCGAUGAACGGACUUUCGUUGGGAAUCAUGGAGUUGUUGGGAAUGAGCCUUGGAGUUGGGAAAGACGUAUUCAAGCAAUUCUUCGAGGAGAACGAAUCGGUGAUGAGAUUGAACUAUUACCCACCAUGCCAAAAACCGGAGCUGACGUUAGGAACAGGACCACAUUGCGAUCCAACCUCGCUAACCAUACUUCACCAAGACACUGUUGGCGGACUCCAAGUGUUCGUUGAUGGCGAGUGGCGGUCCAUUACUCCCGACGUUAACGCUUUUGUUGUCAACAUUGGCGACACUUUCAUGGCACUUUCGAACGGAAGAUACCAAAGUUGCCUGCACAGAGCAGUGGUAAACAACAAAACUCCGAGGAAAUCACUAGCGUUUUUUCUGUGUCCCAAGGGGGAUAAGGUGGUGAGCCCACCACCUGAAUUGGUGGAUUCCAAUAACCCCAGGAUAUAUCCCGAUUUCACUUGGCCCAACUUCCUUGAGUUCACCCAGAAACAUUACCGGGCUGACAUGAACACCCUCCAAAACUUCUCCAAAUGGCUUCAACACCAACAACACACCUGAAAACCACCCAAAACCCCUUCAGGACAAACAAAAAAAAAAAAGAAAAAAAGAAAAAUUAAAAGCCAGCCACUUUGGUUUUUUAACGUACGCAGUUGAUAAGAAGAAUCCCCACCUACAUCAUACGUACAUAUAUCAUGCAUGUGCCCCGACCGGAUUAUCUGAUCCAUGAUGAUGAUGAUGAUGAUGAAAAGAAAGCCACCCAUGGAUGAUGGAUCUCUUUAAGUGAAGAAUGACUGUACGUACGGCAAUAUCUUCUGAUCCAUCGGCUUCCUGAAUUAAUCAUGAUCCCCUCAAUUCAAAAGGGGUGGUGGGAAAUGGUGGGGUUUUUGUUUUGUUUUGGAUAAACUUGUUGAUGUUAAAAAGUUUUGGACAAAUGCUAACGUACGUACGCAGUAGAAUACUUUUAAUAAUAAUGAGAAGGAAGCCAAAGGAUGGCCUCCCGGCCCUUUUUUACUUCUUCUGUUUUUGUUGUUAUUUUUUUUUUUCUACUCAUCAUAAUUUGUUAAAAGAAUUAAAAUGAACAAGAUUGUGGAUGUAACGACAAGACCGGAAAAAAAAAAAAAAGAAGAAGAGUUCUUAAUUAAUGAUCAAAAUUGUAAUUUGUAAUUACUUUUGACCAGCUGAUAGUACCAUAUGAGUCUAUUCAGUUACCU